AUGAUGAUCGAGCUUAUCCCGUUCCCAUUUGGAAUCGGUGCAAUUUGUGCUUUCAACGUGUCGUACGCUAUUAAUUGCUUAAACUCGUCGAAGCCAUAUCUAUCAGCUGCCUCACUCAACCACCUUGAUGUCCUGAAUAUUGAUUUGGUAAAUGAGACAGUCACUAUUAAUUCGCCAACAUCAGUCUCUGAUUGCCAAUACACACGACAGCCAGGUCUGAAUAUUAUUAUUAGUAGUAGUAGUAGUGUCGAUCUUGAUAGGAGCCCAUUUUACGGGCACUUUUUACUAAAAGUAAAAGAGGACACAAUACGUACUAUCAAUAAUUGGUGUAAUUGUUUGUUAACAAGAAUGAUGAGCUUAUCUAAAGCUUACGAUUUGCUGCUCGACAUUCUUUGCCUAGUAUUAAUAUCAUCAAUAGUAGUAACAUCAAGUGCAAGUCCGCAUAUCGCCAAACAAGAUUGCAGUGAUAGAUGUGGAAAUGUGAGCAUCCCGUUCCCAUUUGGAAUCGGUUUAAAUUGUGCUUGCAACGUGUGGUACGCUAUUAAUUGCUUAAACUCGUCGAAACCAUAUCUAGCAGCUCCCACACUCAACCGGCUUGAAGUAUUGAGUAUUGAUCUGGUAAAUAGGACAGUCACUGUUAAUUCGCCGACAUCAGUCUCUGAUUGCCAAUACCCACGACCGCCAGGUCUGAAUAGCAGUAGUCCACAGAUGAAGAGUGUCGAUCUUGAGAGGAGCCCUUUCAUGUUUUCCGGAUCACGUAAUAAACUAGUGCUUGAGGGCUGUGGCAAUACCGUCUUUUGGGAAAAUGGGAAUCCGCUCUGUGGGUGUUCCACCGUUUGCCGUAAUUAUGAUAGUAGUACACCAUCAGCAGUUAAAAUAAGAAGAAGAGAGAAAAAUAAUAACUGCCUUGGUAUCACUUGUUGCGAAACAAGAAUUCCUGACCAUUAUUAUUAUUCACCAUCACGUUUUGAUUACGAUUAUCGCCUAAAGUCAUAUAUGGUGGAGCUGCAAACAGAUGAUGAUAGAUCAGCAGGUUCAUCAUCAUGUGGGUCUGCAUUCUUUGUGGAUGAAGAUUUGUAUGUUCAAGGAAGGUUUUCAAACGGCGGGCUUGUCCCGGUAACACUUGUUUGGGAUCUUACGGACCUUGACUUCCUACAGAUAACUUGUUGUGAUCCCGGUGGGGACAGUCGUUAUUCCCCCACAUCUUCGACUGUUGUGCAGCUGGCUAAUGGUACUGUUGUGCUACUACAGACGUGUAACCAGUCGCGGGAAUUUGAAGGAAACGUUUAUUUAAGAGAUGGAUGCGCUGUUAAGGAAGAGUGCGCAAGUUGCAUGGCUAUUGGAUUUCAUUAUUCCUGUGAUUACGACUUCAACUUGAACUUCACUUGUAUUCAUGAUGGUGUUGCUUAUAUAUUUCCAUUUUAUCCACCAAGCAAGAUGGGUGUCAUUCUAGGUGUUAGCAUUAGCAUGGGUAUAGUUUUUCUUGUUACAUCGAGCUAUGGAUUGUAUAGACUUAUAAAAAAAACAAAAGACAAAAUACGAAGAAAGAAGUUUUUCAAACGCAAUGGUGGUCUCCUUUUAAAACAACAAGAAGAGGCUCAACCGUCUUUAGUAGAAAAAACUAUACUUUUCACAUCACGUGAAUUAGACAAGGCUACUGACAACUUCAAUGAGGAUAGAAUUCUAGGUCGAGGAGGCCAAGGUACUGUUUACAAGGGUAUGUUAGUGGAUGGAAGGAUUGUGGCGGUGAAGAAAUCAAAAAUAGUUGAUGAAAGCCAGUUAGAGCAGUUUAUCAACGAGGUCGUCAUUCUUUCACAAGUCAAUCAUAGGAAUGUGGUUAAGCUAUUGGGAUGUUGCUUAGAGACAAACGUUCCUAUGCUAGUUUCUGAAUUCAUUCCAAAUGGUACUUUGUAUGAACAUCUUCAUAAUGAGACAAUGGAGUUUCCAGUUUCUUUAAACAUGAGAUUACAAAUAGCUACCGAGAUUGCGGGGGCACUUGCAUACUUGCAUUCAGCAACUUCCGUUCCAAUAUAUCAUAGAGACAUCAAAACUACUAACAUACUUUUGGAUGAUAAAUAUAGGGCUAAAGUUUCAGAUUUUGGAACUUCAAGGUUCGUAUCAAUAGAUCAAACUCAUUUGACUACCUUAGUCAAAGGUACAUUCGGCUACUUGGAUCCUGAAUAUUUCCAGUCUAGCCAAUUUACCGAGAAAAGUGACGUUUACAGCUUUGGAGUCGUUUUGCUUGAACUUUUAACUGGAGAAAGGCCGAUCUCGCUUACUAGAUUCGGAGAACACAGAAGUCUCGCUACGUACUUUAUGUUAGCUAUGAAAGAGGGGCGUGUUAUGUCUACUUUUGAUGCAACGGUGAUUAGAGAGGGUACUAGAGAUGAGCUUCUUUCGGUAGCUAACCUUGCAAUGCGAUGCUUGAAUCUGAAUGGAAAAAGUAGACCAACAAUGAAAGAAGUAGCCAUGGAUCUCGAAACCAUACGAACAUCGCAUAUACCAUCUACGAUUCAAACCAAUAACAUACCGGCCGUCAUAUGUGGGGAGGAAUUAUCAAUGCAAUCAUUUGGUGUAUCAACAUCAACAUUCUUGAGUUUCGAUGAUAGUAUUAGUCAAUGAUGCAAAGGUAUUGUUUCUUAUAUGUCGUCAUCUUCUAGGCACAUAGCUAGUAUGUAAUUGGACUUUAUGUAAGCAUAAAUCCAUCAAAAUACCAAAUUUGAAUGGAAAAUACUCAUAUCUAAUUAGGCAUGCGGCGUAAUCAUUUGAUCAAGGUAUGUUUAUUAUGGUUUCUUUUACAUGUUAUUGCAUUA